AUGUAUGCGCGUUUCACUAGAUUUCCAGACAAGCGUGUAUUUCUGAGUGGGGUGGGAGGGGACCUUAAAUUACGUUUAGGUUUCAGUAAUCGAGUAUUGGCAACAGUUUUUUCAUUUUCUUCCAAACGUCAAGUUGGACAUGUAAUUCAAAAUGCCAAGGUUGCAUUACUUCGUGAUUUUGUUCACCAUUAUCUUGGAUUUCAACAUAUAACAAGAGAUGAAGUCAUUCGUAAUCAUACAAGAGCAUUAGUUAAAAAAUUAUUGCUUGAUGGACGUGAUGGAAUUGUAUUAAUUUUAGAUGGCACUUAUGUAUAUUGUCAGAAAAGUGCCAAUAAUGCCUUACAAUGA